AUGCGCAAGGGAACUGCCGCCCUGAAGCGCCAACAGGUGGCCCAGCUGCGACAGCAUCACCAGCAGCUGCUGGCCGCCGCACCGGAGCUGGCACUGGCCUCCUCAUCGCGCCUGGCCGCGGCCCUGAUCUCGUCGGCGGUGGCCCUGAGCAGCGCCUCCUCAUCCGCCGCCGCCGGGAGCAUUGUAAAUAAUCAUCAUCACAGCCAUAUGCAACAACAGCAGGAGCAGCUGCCUCAGCCACCGCAGUCACGCCAUCAUCAGCAUCACCAGCACUCCCACAGGCAUCACCACCACCACCACUCGCACCACCAUUCGCAUCACCAUUCGCAUCACCACUCGCACCAUCAGUGUCGCUCGAAACGCAAACUGCAGAAAUUGUAUUAUACGCUUUGCCGUUAGAUCUGUAACCUAACUCUAUCUAAUGUGUACUUGUACGAGAGACAGUUUCUUGGAACCACCAUUAGCCAGCACCUACCUUUCCCCAGUCAAUUCCAAAGUGUCGUUUUGUGUGUCUAUAUUUUGUGUAUAUGUAUUUAUUUAUUUCCAUUUUUUUUUUUAUUUUCUACUAUUUUACAUCACCUCAUGUUCGUAAUUAUUGGCCCCUAAAGUGAAGCAAAAAUCUCAUCAGUGCAAUAAUAUAGGUACAUAUGUCUACAAGUAUAUAUAUAUUUAUAUGCUGAUUUUAAAAUCAUCUCUUUUAUGUAUACAAACACUCCAAGCUAAUUUAUUUGUAAACGAAAAACGAUUUGUGAUUUGCGCACACGAACCAAGAACACUUCGCAAGGCAAGCAUCCUUCAUUGACUCAAGCAAUUAUCGUUUUAAGUACCCCCCCAAGGAAUUUAUAUGUAUGUACGUCGACGCAGCAAUCUUAGAACACCCCCAGAACCCCACACACACACACAAAAAACCCCCUUUGAUUAAGUAUUACCUAGCAUUAAGUGAGCUUUAAUUUAAGUUGCAAACUGGCAAGGAUCCCACGACAAAAUGUACUUUACUUAGGACGACGAUCCCCAGAUUCGAUUGCGCAAACUGGGGCCGAAGUAACAAAUUAUUUGCGAGAAGCCGAUAGAGAAGCUUCUCGUCCAGGAGACAUAACAUACGUAGUACGCGUAGGUUUUUUUCUAAUUGUGCUGGGAGAAGUACUCAAUGUGGGAAUAAAGUGAACUUUUGCCAAGUACGAUCCAUAUGCGAUAAGUAAUUGUAAUGGCGCGCGUUCCUUAUACCAAAGGCCUUAUAAUAACAAGAUGCAUAACUGCCCUUACAAGCACAAUCUUGGUAUUGUAGGGUCCUUUGCUUAUACACUAUUUAAUCGAUAUGGAAAUCAUCAUUACCGCUUCCGCUUUUCCAACCAACCGACAAACCGAUCAAACACGAAUCCAAUUAAACUUAUAUAGUGCAUAGAGAAAGGAUUAAAAAAUUACACAAAAAUUUCGUACCUUUGUCGAAUUUGCAGUUCAAAAUUGCUUUACGAGAGUUUUGUCAAUGUAAGUUGUGCUGCUUAAAAGAGCGCACGCACACACACAAUUUAGGCAGGAAACCUAAUUAAUAAAAGAAAAAUACAGAGAAUCAUACAAUUAAAUGUGUUUUGUAGAUGUAAAUUAAAGCAUUAUAAAUGAUAAAGAAAAAACGCUGCGAAUUUGAAACGAAACGGAAGAGAGUUCUAAGAAGAAAGUCAAGCAAAUGAAAUCUACUAAAUAGAGAGUUCCCAAUGUAAAUUCUACUGAUAUUUGUGAGUCUGGUAAAUAAAAAUCAUAAUAUAUGGAUAAAAAAAAUUUAAAA